AUGAAAUUCUUUUCUUCACUUUGUUUAGUCUUUGAUUUUGAAUCUAUUAACCUUCCUUCUUCGCAAGGAUUGCUUGUUUCCUCGUUCGGAUCUUCUUCUUCUUCCGUCUUCUUCUUCUUCUUCUUCUUCUUCUUCUUCUUCUGUCUUCUUCUCCUUCCGUCUUCUUCUUCUUCUUCUUCCGUCUUCUUUUCCUCCUCCUCUUCUUCCUCCUGCUCCUUUUUCUUCUUCGUCUUCUUCUUCCGUAUUCUUCUUGUUGUUCUUCCGUCUUCUUGUUUUUUUUCUUCCGUCUUCUUUUCCUCAUCCACCUCCUCCUUCUUUUCUUCUGUCUUCUUUUUCCGUCUUCUUCUACUUCUUCUUCCGUCUUCUUCUUCUUCUUCUUCUUCUGUCUUCUUUUUGCGUCUUCUUCUUCUUCUUCAUCCGUCUUCUUCUUCCUCUUCUUCUUCUUCUUCUCUUCUUUCGUCUUCUUCCGUCUUCUUCUUCUUCUUCUUCUUCUUCUUCCGUCUUCUUCUUCUUCCGUCUUCUUCUUUUCCCGUAUUCCUCUUCCUCCUCUUCCGUCCUUUUCUUCUUCGUCUUCUUCUUCCGUAUUCUUUUUCCUCAUUCUUGUUGUUGUUGUUGUUGUUCUUCUUCUUCUUCUUCUUCUUCUUCUUCUUCUUCUUCUUCUUCUUCCGUCUUGUUGUUGUUCCGUCUUCUUCUUCUGUCUUUUUUCUUUUGUCUCCUUCGUCUUCUUCCGUCGUCUUCUUCUUCUUCUUCUUCUUUUGUAUUCUCCUUCUUUUUUGUAAGUCUGCAACUGUUUCUUCACUUCCGCUGGCGUCAUGUGUGCACUUUGCAUCUCCCAUCAAAAUUCCCCGCCCUUUGAUAUGCCCGCCACAGUCACACGACUCGCAGGCGAAAAUCAAAAGAACAAAAGAUGCUUUUUACUUCCUGCUUCCGACGGAGGUUUUUUUCUCCACGCCCGCAGACAGGUCACCAGGUGCAUGCCUCUCUGAUAUAGAUGAAAGUUAA